UAUUUAUAAAAGGAGCUGCGCAAAACUACCGGCACUGUUCUGACGGCAUUAGCAUAUGACGACCUGUCGAAUCUCAAAAUACUUCCAAUAUUAAGUAUUGUGUUUCAAGUUUAAGCAUCGAAAUGGUUUUAAACGCACCAAUGAUGAAAUUCUACAACGGCAAUGAAGUGCCAUCAUUCGGACUUGGUACCUGGAAGUCUAAACCUGGAGAAGUUACUCAGGCUGUUAAAGAUGCAAUUGACAUAGGAUACAGACAUAUUGAUUGUGCCCAUGUUUAUGGCAAUGAGAAAGAAGUGGGUGCUGCCCUUAAAGCAAAAAUUGAUGAGGGUGUUGUGAAAAGGCAGGAUCUUUUCAUCACCAGUAAAUUAUGGAAUACUUUCCACAGACCAGAUCUGGUUGAACCUGCUAUUAAGACAACUUUGUCAGAUUUGGGUCUCGAAUAUUUGGAUCUUUAUUUAAUUCAUUGGCCAAUGGCAUAUAAGGAAGGAGGUGGUCUUUUCCCACAAAAUGCCGAUAAUACUCCUGCUCUUAGUAAUGCAGACUAUGUAGAUACAUGGAAAGCUAUGGAAGCUUUGGUAUCCAAAGGACUUGCUAAAAAUAUUGGUGUUAGCAACUUCAAUUCUGAACAAAUAGACAGAUUGCUUAAAAACUGCACUAUUAAACCAGUUACAAAUCAAAUUGAAUGUCAUCCAUAUCUUACUCAAAAGAAGCUUUCUGAAUUUUGUAUCCAAAAAGGUAUUCUUAUUACUGCCUAUAGUCCCCUUGGAUCACCUGAUAGACCAUGGGCUAAACCAGAUGAUCCAAAAUUGUUAGAAGAUCAAAAAUUGGGUGAACUUGCGAAGAAGUACAAUAAGACACCUGCUCAAGUACUUAUUAGAUACCAGCUGGAUCGUGGUCACGUAGUUAUUCCUAAAUCAGUUACAAAGUCCAGAAUUGCUCAAAACAGUGAAGUCUUCGAUUUCAAACUUUCCCCAGAAGAUAUUGCUUACAUUGACACUUUUGACUGCAAUGGCAGAAUCUGUCCAAUGCUUGGUACGGAGCCCAGCCCUUACUAUCCUUUCCAUAUUCCAUUCUAAAUCUUCCAUAUUUAAUUCUAAUUAAGAUAAGAAUCAGUAUGUACAAACUAUUCUCAUUGUAAUAUUUACAAUUUCUUCCUGUAUAUUUUCUACAUGAAAUUCGUAUAAAAUAAACUAUAAUAAAAA